AUGGCAAUGCAGAAAGAAGCAAAAGUAACGGUAUCGCCUCCUAUCUCAUCAACCACAUCAGAACCGGAUGAGAACUAUGAGUUUUAUAAACAACAUCGAGGCCUCGAAUACACAACAGAGGAAGCGAAAAAGGUUCUACGCAAGAUUGAUAUACGCCUCAUUCCAUUGCUGUUUUUAAUCUACAUGCUGCAGUACCUGGACAAGAACAGCAUCAACUUUGCGUCUGUAUAUGGCUUAAAGCAGGGAACACACUUAAAAGGACAACAAUAUUCAUGGCUCAGCUCCAUUUUCUACUUCGGAUACCUCAUUGCACAGUGGCCUGCGGGAUUAGCGAUGCAAAAGCUGCCUGUUGGCAAAUUUCUUGCCAUCACCACAUUAGUAUGGGGUGCUUUACUCAUGACGACACCUGCAUGCUACAACUUCGCUGGGAUCGCAAUCAACCGCUUCCUUCUAGGAAUGGUCGAAGCAGUUGUAACUCCUGGAUUUGUGCUUAUGACCGGCAUGUGGUACACAUCCGAAGAACAACCCCUGCGGUUAGAGGCAUGGUACUGCACUAAUGGUAUUGCGACAAUGUUUGGAGGUCUUAUUGGCUAUGCGGUUGGACAUAUUACGACUGGCCUUCCACGAUGGAUGUACGUCUUCCUCAUUUUUGGAGCCUUCUCCGUGGCAGUAGGGAUUAUUGCCCUGAUAUUCCUCCCGGAUCUUCCGUCAACUGCCAAAUUUCUCAGCGAGCGCGAGAGAGCCAUAGCUGUUGAGCGUGUCGCCAUCAACCGGCAAGGUGUCAAAAGUAGCAAGUUCAAAUGGUAUCAGGUCCGACAAGCGGCCGAAGAUCCGAAGACCUGGCUUUUGUUCAUCAUGGCGAUCGGUGCGCAAGUCCCGAACUCGGCGUUAACCAGUUUUACUUCCAUCAUCGUUGGCACUUUCGGAUUUGAUACCCUUGGAACUCAAUAUCUUCAAAUCCCGGGUGGUGCGGUUCAAUUCAUCACUCUCCUUCUUGGGGGUUAUAUUGCAACAAAGUUUGAUGGCAAAUUUCAUUCACGAUUUGCAUGCAUGAUCUUUGCCUGCACGGUCUGUAUCAUUGGAUCGGGUCUUCUGGUCGGUCUACCGGACACCAACAAAUGGGGCCGCCUUGUUGCACUCUGGCUAUGCUAUUUCCAAGGGUUGGGAUUCAGCAUGAGUCUGACCAUUGUUAGCUCUAAUAUCGCUGGAUACACUAAGAAGCAAGUCACGGGAGCCCUGUUGUUCACUGGAUACUGCGUGGGAAAUAUCGUUGGACCUCAGACUUUCAAGUCCAGCGAGGCCCCUGGGUACAAGAGUGCUUAUAUUGCAAUGCUCGCUGGCUAUGCGGUAAAAUUGGUCUGCAUUGUCGCGUUGUAUAUUUAUAUGUACCUGGAGAACAAGCGUCGAGACCGCGAAGCAGUUGAUGGCCAGGAGGUCGAGGCAGAAGGUGUUGAAAAUGGCAUGCUGGACCAAACGGAGAUCGACAACAAAGGGUUCAGAUACGUUCUGUAA